GAAGGAUGAUGUGGGUGCUGGCCUCGAGAUGGAGGCGACCGAGUACGGCUACCAGGUGGAUACCAUCCUACCCAAUCCGGGCCAGGACCCGUCUCUGAAGUCGGGGGACACGAUCGUGGCUAUCGAAGGAGAACGAUUGCUUGGCCUUGCAGAGGAAGACAUUGACCAAGUGUUCGGAGUUCACUUUCGUCACGGUGCGGCACUACUGCUGCUCAGUUCGGAGGAACUGCGGAAUGCUGCUCAGAGCAAGGGGCAGAUGGAGUCGGACAAGAGGAAGAGCGACAUGGAACACGAGGCCACGGUGCGUAUUCCUGUCGGCCGCGCCACGGCCUGGCAGCUGGACGAAGCCACGGCAGCAAACGUAUCCAACGACUUGGCUAUCGUGAGUGAGAAGUUUGGGCUCGCUGCCCGAGCUCACUUCGGUGACCAUGGCAUGGAAAGCGUUAUACUGACGGGUUUCCCCAGUGCCAUCGCCCAAGCGCGACCGGAGGUCGUUGGCUCCUUGGCGAUUCCAGGGAUGUUGGCUACGUAUUGCUAUUUAGGUGGAUGUGAAGAUGUGACAGCACGCAAUCAAUAG